AUGUCGCACUCUCCUGAAUCGCCAGAGCAUGGACAGCAUGGACGACUUGCGGAAACUGUUGAACAUCUAGAAGCCGUCGCUUUUGUUCCUGUCAAGCAAAGAUAUACAGAUGCGAACCAGCUCGCCCAGACCAUUGCAUCUGCCGCUUAUGAGAAUGGAAUUCCAGCCGAUAUCCUGCGUCGCCUGUUGAAGAUUCUGACCAAGAAAAACAACCUCGACCAAGGCACGGUCACCACGCUAAUCAAGAACCUUUACCCCCAAGAAUUAAUCGCCUCCAAUCAUGUGACGCAAGUUGUUUGCUGCCUCGGUCCUAGCAAGGCCAAAGCUAGUCCAGCAACACAAUCUCUUCUCGUUCGAUGGCUAAUCCUGACGUACGACCUGCUCGAGGAUAAGUCACAUCUCGGGAAACUUUAUGCAGUGCUUUUCAAUCAUCUGGAUAUGAUCAGUCUCCGCAAACCGCUGUGCCACUUGCUCUCCCUCAUUACACGACGAAAGCACGUCAAACCGUUCCGAAUUCAAGCCCUUAUGGAGCAAAUCCAGAAUGCUGGGGGGGAUGAAAAAGAACUUUUGACUUUACUGAAAGUGUUCAAGAAUUACUAUCCUGAGAUUAUUCUGGGUGGUGGGACGCGCAGGGCACUCUUCUUCAAACAUGCAGAUCCAGAAUGGUCAAGUCAUGCAAAAGUCCUGCUGGCACAGAAUACCGAGAGAUCAGAGGCCGCGGCAUCCAGUAUCCAGUCUCUUCAGAGGGGAUUGGCGAAGCGGACCAAGAUUGAGGUUGUAAUUCCGGUUCUGCAAACAUCGCGAGUCUCGAACAAACACACUUCGCUCGAGGAAUUGCGCAGCAUCGAACAUUUUGUGGACAAAAUUGAUCGGAUUGAAUUGCCAAAUCAAAUCAUCUCGACACUAGGAGAUGUGAUGGCGCGAAAAUACAUUCACCUCAUUCAGUCAGAAGCUGCGAACCAUCGGCUUGAUGAGUGGUUGGGGAAUUUCCUACAAGACAAACUGGAGCAAAUUCAAGGGGACGAUGAUGAUGACCCAGAAAUACUCGAUUAUGUUUUAGAUGUCAUUGUCGGCUACAGUGCUUACACCAAGCACCUUCUGCCUUCUGUUCGAUCGUUUCUGUUGUCUUUCCUCCAACUUUGGAACGGUAAAGAGCACCGCGAGCAAGUGUUUCGGCUACUUCAGUAUCUACCCGUGGAACCUUUUGAGGCACUCCAAAGUGAAGUAUUAUCUCCGCUAGAGAAUGCCGCCCUGGACGGAACUCUCCGCUCUCGGAUGGACCUCCUUGGCUUUUACUCAGCCCUUAUCGCAGAAUGGGGAGUUAAGCUUCGCGUUCAACCAUCAGCCACAGAAGAAUCAAUACCUCUCAGUCGACUCAUUCGACACGCCGAGCUCCUGGCAUCUGCAAUCAACGAAUUCGAAUUGCCGGAUGGGAACAUCUCGGGAGUAUCUAUACCCGCUGAUCUAUCCAUUCUCAAGUUCUAUCAGUCUCUUGCACGUCUCUUCUCCCACGCGCCACAUCACGCGCACAUACGACUCUCCAUCCCACCAGCUCCACUCAUGUACUCUCUUUCGUUUACUCCGACCGUUUCCGUCAUAUCAACCCUUAGCUCCAUCCUCACAGCGUAUAAAUCCGGCUUCGAAGCUUCCAUAACCUCGCACGCUGCCAAAAGCCCAAACACAAAGCCCCUCUACGAUCCUAAAUCCGUCAAUCAUUUCAACGGCUAUGUCAUGGACACAUGCAAUAUGCUUUGGCGCAAUCGAGGUUUGAACACGGAUGAUCCCAAUGCUCGCGCAUGUCUAGUCCCGAAGUCCACUAUCGCAGCACUGCAGAAUUACGUCCGCAACGUUGACGAGGCUGCCAAGCGAUAUGACCGCGAGAGUGCCUUUCACUGUACAUUGGCGACCAUUUUCUCUCUCAGUCAUAAUGCGGCGUACUCUAAUUUAUCGGCAGCUUGCUUUCGGGAUCUGGAGGCAGAUCAGCAGAUUGCGGAGCACCGGCCGCAGUUGAGGAAGCCGGUUACUGCUAAAGCCUUGCAGGCGUUGGAGAAGGAGGGUGGAGCGAAGAUUACUUGGCAGGAAUACAAAGUCCAUAUGUUGGACUGGCUGGAUGCGAUAGGGAGUCGGGGAACAAGUGAUUUGAUGAGGAGUACCCUGAAGGUCUUGCGGAAGGAGUAG